UAAUGUGAAACGCAUAACGCGCAUGCUGCUUUGCGCCUUUGUUUUCGUCGUUCAUCGCGAUAAACGAGUAAAUGUUAUAGUUCCGAUGUACUUACAACAAUUAUUCGAAAUCGAGGUGUUGAGUGGCGGAUGUGUAUAGUGGAUAUGUGAUAAUGCUUAAAACUGGCGAUAAGUGGAGCUUCUAUCUAUCAGCAGAGUGUAGCGUUGACCGGAGUUGAUGUGAAGCGUCGGCGAUGGGCCCCACGCGGCUGCCGCCGACGCCUGAGGAGGAGCACUCCUCUCAGGAAUAUCACACUUCUCCGACCGAUUUUAAAACAUCGUGUACGACAAGAUGUGUUCAGGUCCUGGGCCCGACCGCGGUGCUGCAGCUCGCGGAGCGGGAGGAGCCGCCGCCGUCCAACGCGCGCCCGCUCUACUCGCUCGCCAUGCGCGGCGCGGUCAUAUGCUUUUCCGGAUUUCGGAAAAAAGAUGAACUCACGUACCUGAUAACGCUUAUACACUAUAUGGGAGGGUCGAUCCGCAAAGACAUGUCGAGCAAAGUGACGCACCUGAUCGCGGCGGCCGCCACGGGCGACAAGUACCGGUACGCGUCAGGCUUCGGGCUGCCCGUGCUGGCGCGCUCCUGGGUCGACGAGUGCUGGCGCCGGCGCGACGACCCUGCGUGCCAUGCUACGCACGACGCCGUCAUAAAAGAGCACAAGCUGAAAGUGUUCGCGGGCGCGCGCGUGUGCUUCGUGGGAUUCCCCGAGGACGAGACGCAGCACAUGGGCGACGUGCUCGCCAGCAACGGCGGCGCCGCCUGCCCGCUCGACGACCCCGACUGCACGCACGUCGUAAUGGCCAAUGGGGAGACUUUCGGUCGCUCGCUUAUCCUAUCACCCCAACCCAGUACUCCUAACAUUUCCUCGAAACCCUCUCGCGCAUCACCCAACUCUCAGAGUACUCCGAAGAGCUCAAUUUACCGUAGACUUUCUGCGCGGCUAUCGGGGCGGCGCGCUAGCGGCACGCCCACCAAGCCCGGCGCCGAGCUGUCCGACGAGGCCGAGCGCCGCCUGCAGCUCGCGCGCGCGCAGCUCCGAGCUGGUCGCGACUGUCCGGACUCCACUGCCGCUUACUCGACCAGACACGAUCGAGUAGACCCUGCCGACACUAACUCCGAUACGUCGCCACAUAUGCAGAACAAGGAGAACAAGCAUACGUCGCAAACGAUACAAGGCUCCCUCAGAUUGAACGCCAAAGAUAAGAGAGAGGUCUUUAGAAAUAAGUCAAUUAAUGUGUUUAAUCUAGUAGAUUGCCUCACAGAGGCGGGGUCUCUACAUUCUUCUCUUACAAAGAGUUUAUGUGAUUUAGAUUGUAAAGAAGAACCCGCUUUUUUACUUCCUAUUUCUACAGGAAGCAAAGAGUUGCAGCAUUCGACAACUACAAUAAGUUCUGGUAAAAAGAGAAGCCGAAAUUCCACAGAUUCCAGCUUUCAAGUGAGCCCCGUCGACGCCAACCUUUCUCCAGAUAAGUGCGAAGAUAGCCAUUGGAAAUCUAUAAAGAGGCUUAAAAUAAAAGAUUCAUUUAAGUUUAAAAAUCGACCUACAAUUUUCAAACGAACAAAAAAAGAUUCAGUAUCCAAAGCGUCAGGCGACAUUACUAUAGAACCAGUAAGUCCGGACAGUGUCAAACCAACUGACCCUGCUGGCGAAUUCAUUGCGUCCACUUCAUCCCCCAUCAGAGAAGAUGAUAACACGUCGAUCUGCUCUAUAAAUACUAGUAAGCAAUCCGGUUUCUUUGAUAUUUCGUUCGCAUCAAUACGCAGUUCUAAAACAGUUAAAUCUGCAUCAAAGUUACGGAGGAGUGUCAAGUCAUUCACUGCAUCUUUUAGAAGUGAGAGAAAAAAGAAAUAUGAGAAAAGACCUGAACGAAAUACUGUAGAAGUAAGCGCUUGCGACCUCAUAAAUUAUGUAUCGACACCAAAUAAAAAUAUCGAUGAUAUGAAUUUAGAUAUAUCUCCAGUCCAAGUAGAUACAAUAGACAGCACGGACAUGACCAACCACGUAAAAAACGAAGUGGAUGUCGACGAGCUAGACGAAUCAGUGACAUUUAAAACGCCGCAGAGCGUAGGACUGCGCGCACAUAGGCACUCCAUCUGUGGCGCACCCGAACUGCGCUCCGCGAGCGUCUCCUCCCACGCGUCCUCCAGCUCCGGUCCUGCGCCCUUACCGGUUCCUGUUCCCGCUCCCGCCCCCGCCCUCGCCCCCUUCACUUGUCGACCCCUCCACGACCAGCUGCCGCUCGCCUCGACGCCUCCCAUCCGUGACGUCCGCGCCAUAUCGCAAUGCCAUGGAAUAUCGUUGCCGGUGGUCGAUGAACACAACACAGCUGUCGCGCCGGAGUGUUCACCGCGCGUGCACGUUGUCAAAGCCGAAUGGUUCUGGGCUUCAGUACAGAAUGAAGAAGCGCAGGAUGAAAGGGAUUACCUCUUCAAAGAUUACCUGGACGAAGUGUCUCGGAGGUCGUCGGUGGGCGGGGCGGCAGGCGCGAGCGGCGGCGCGGGCGGCGGCGCAGACGAGGCGGGCGGCGCGGCGGGCGCGGCGGGCAGCACGCCGGCGCACCUACAGCGCCAGCGCAAGCGCAAGCUGCGCGGCGGGGACGCUGCGCUGCAGAAGCGACGCUCGUCGCUCAGCGACACGGUGCUCAGCCUCUCCGGCAACAUGCUGCUCGACUACACGCCCUCUCCCGACAGCAAACAGUUGCUAGAAGAAUCUGAAGUGCCUGACAAUGUAGUUCGGAAACUAAUGUCACCUAGGCAGCAGGUGUUCAUGGAACUUCUUCAAACAGAAUCCAAUUAUGUUGGGAUAUUGCAUACAAUUGUAACUAUGUUUAAGCAACCCUUGGAGGACAUGGCGGAGGAGGACAAUAGCAAUGGCAAAAUGGCAUUGCUUAACAAUACAGAACUAAAAAUUAUAUUUGGAAAUUUACCACCAAUAUAUGAACUCCACCAGGGAAUGCUGGAGGAGCUGCGCUACACGCAGGCGCACUGGAGCGAGGAGGUGAGCAUCGGCCGCCUCAUGCUCAAGUACACGCCGGACAUGGUUAAGGCCUACCCGCCCUUCGUCAAUUUCUUCGAGAACACCAAGGAAAUGCUGCAGCAGUGCGACCGUGAGAACCCUAGAUUUCAUGCAUUCUUGAAAAUUUGUCAGACCAAACCAGAGUGUGGCAGGCAAAGUUUACAAGAACUUUUAAUAAGACCAGUUCAGCGAUUACCCAGUAUUAGGUUACUACUUGAUGAUAUCCUUAAACACACGCACAAGAACAACCCGGACCACGGCGCGCUGGUGGCGGCGCUGGCGGGGCUGCGGGAGGUCAUGUCGCACAUCAACGAGGACAAGCGCAAGACGGAGGGCCAGCUGCAGAUGUUCGACAUCUACAACGACAUUGACCAGUGUCCGGCGCAUUUGGUAUCAUCGCAUCGAUCGUUCAUAGCUCGCUGUGAAGUAGUCGAACUAUCGAAAGAACUUUCCGGUCGAGGUGAUCAUCUCGUACUGUUCCUAUUUACCGACACGAUGGAAGUUUGCAAGAAACGAUCAAAAGCCUUCAACAGUAAGAGUCCGACGAACGGCACGAGUACAAUGCGAAUAGGCUCGAGCAAGCCGUACAGGCACAUCUCCCUUAUGCCGCUGAGCACCGUAAAGCGCGUCGUCGACAUUCGAGAGGCAGAAGAUUGUCACAACGUGUUCGCGCUGAUGUGCCGGAGCAACCAGGAGCUGAAGGAGAAGCUGUACUCGUUCAUGAUCACGGACGACGCGGUGGACAAGUCGCACUUCCUGCGCCAGUUGUGCCGGCAGAUGGCCAAUACUGUCUGCAAAGCUGACGCUGACAAGUUCCUGGCGACGCUGGAGUCGCACCAGCUCGACAUCGACACCAGCGACCUGGCGCUCAGCACGCUGUCCAAAGUCACCAAAUUCGCUGCGCGCACCAGGAUAAAGCUGGAGACGUUGGCCGGGCUGGGCGGCUGGCUGCGCGAGCCGGGCGGGCCGAGCGGACUGCUAGACACAUGGGUAUUGCGCGCUCACUUACUCGCACAGGUGGGCCGCGCGCUGUCGUUCAACAAGACGCCGUCGAAGUUGAAGCGCGCCAUGUCGUCCAUGAUCUCCCCCUUCGGCUCGCAGGCCAACCUCACGCCCGCCUCGCAGCUCGCGCAAAUGCGUCUCGCGAGUUGCAACAACAUCAACGAGAUGGGCACGAGCAGCGGCGCCGGCGGCGGCGGACAGGGCGGCGGCGAGGUGCUGGUGGCGCCGCUGUCGGUGCAGCCGACGCGCAAGGCCGCGGCGGGCGCGGCGGCCGCGCUGCGCCGCUUCUGACGGCGCACCUCGCGCCGCGCCUGACUCGUGCCCGACCCGUUGCCGGCGCCGGCUUCUGAAUGUUGUUAAACUCGCCACCCGCACGGACACCUGCGCGGCGAGGCGAGGCGCGGUACUAAAUACGCCAGAACAUUACGAGAUUGAUCUGCCAUAUUGAUGAUUUGGUAUACAUACGUGCAGCUAAAUCAUAUGAUGAAUUUUACUCUUAACUAUGAAACACUAGGUACUCACUGUCACUAUGAGUUAUGGUUUUUAUCAGAAGAUUAAUUGAAACAAUAUUAAAUCCGUGAAAUGCUGUUCAUCCCUUCAAAUUGAUAAAACAACGCAUCUCUGCCGUGUUCAGAUUAUAAGACCUGCUUGUAAGGAUCGGUUUCAUAGUGUUUACGAACUCAUGUAGCGUUAGUCGCUUGAUGUAUGUCCAUCAUGUCACCUUGCGUCUUGUGCCAAAUUCACACUAUAUUAGCUUAGAUGUGAAUGUUUUUGUGAGUCGUUAAGAAAAUGUUAGUUUAUGGUCUAAGAGCCAGCUACGGAAAUAGGUAUACAAUUUAUAGAGCAACGAAAUCCCUCUAGUUAGUAUACCAUACUAUCAUUAUUAAUUCAUUCGAGCGCCUGGCAGCUUUUUAACGGUGGGUGUCAGAGUGGAUGGGCAACAAAGGGGUUCUAAAAUCAAUUGAAGGUAUACAAUAUAUCGAGCUCUAAGUUUGGUGUGAUAUAAUAGCUAAUUAUAUAUUUAAUUCGAAUAUAACAUUGCAAUAAAAUCGUUGCAAGAUGUUAUAUAUUGAUAACUUUUCAUUCAUGUUUCAGGCCACGAAAAAUUUCGCAGAGCCUGUUGGAUCGAAAAAUAUUAACAUUAAAUUACAAAUUAAUUUUAAUAUAACAAAAUAAAUAAAUAACACAAUGACGAUGUUUAAUAUUAUUGCCCCAAAUAAAACAUACACCGAUACACAUGUUACACGUAUAUUUUAAGCUGCGGGUUAAAAAAAUUGGACGGGAUCGAUCCCGGGUUGUGAAGUCUCUUAAAACCGGUCAAGUGCGAGUCAGUCGGGCUUAGUAACAAAGUUCCGUUUUCAGCCUUUGGGUAGCGUAACACGAUACAAUUUGACCCAGUAAAUGAGAUGACCUGGCACUUCUGGACCACCGGGCACUACUUUUCCCCCAAUUAAAACGCCUGGCAAUGUUAUAUUCGAAUUAAAUAUUUAAUUAGCUAUUAUAUCACACAAAACUCAAGAGCUCUAUAAAUUGUAUACCUUCGAUUGAUUGUAGAACCCCUUUGUUGCCCAUCCACUCUGACACCCACCGCUGAAAAGCUGCCAGGCGCUCGAAUUAAUUAAUAAUGAUAGUAUGGCAUACUAACUAGAGGGAUUUCGUUGCUCUAUAAAUUGUAUACCUAUUUCCGUAGCUAUCUCUUCGUCUAUUACUAUUUUGGCAAUAAAAGACUGCGGUGUUAAUUAAUGCUGCUUUAGAAGCUUAGCUUAUUACCAGUGCUAAUAUUAAAUAGAGGCAAUAAUGUCUCAAUUCAAUAGUCAAUAGAGAUAAUAAUGGAAUACGAUAUGAGGCGUGUUGUUGUGAGUGCGUGACGCAAGUGCUCGGUGCUCGCGUCGGAGCCAGUGACAUAAUAUCAGAACUUAAAUCGUAGUUCGUGAUUUUAAUCAUAUUUCAAAUUUUGACAAAAUUAUAAUUUUUAUCGUUGAUUUUCACUGCUAAAAUGUUCAGUGGUAUUUUAAAUAACGUUAAGGAACAGCAGGGAUGUGGCAAUGAAAAUGUUUAUAAUAUGUAUAGAUCGGACGAGACUAUGAAAGAGUGCUUGGAGUGCCUUUGUAACAUGAACGAAUUGAUAUGAUAUCGCGGGUGUUAUAUGGUAGAGUAUUUGGUAGUAUUACUGUAAAACUUGUCACAAAGUGCAGCCUGUAUAGAAAUCGAAUACUAGAAGUAGUUCAAUCGAAAAGUAUUUUUGUUUUAACCAGUGGGGUUUAGUAUUUGCUCUCACCUGGUGAUCUUAUUUAUUGUAUACAUUAUCGAUUAGGAUCAGUAUAGUUCUUUGAGUAAAAUAAUCGAAUAUUUUACUGAGUCGAACGUAUUCGUUUUCGGAAAUUUAGUUUUCCAAAAUAAUAUGUACAUAUCGUGAUAUUUUUACUAUUAUCGUGAAAUAGGCAUUUGAUUUUAAGUAGUAAUAAUAUAUAAUAUGAUAUCAGACAGCGUAUAGGUCGGCAGCGGUCGCCUCGCGCCGACCGCUCGCCCGCGGCGCGCGCCGCCGGGACCCUCCUUCACUAUUUCAUCUAAGUACCUACUACUUAUUAUCUAAGUUUUAUGAAGAGUCUCAAUAAGGCUAUCAUCUUAUCAACAGUGUGUGUACACGUAUUAGAUUGUACAAAGAUCUAUAUUUAUAAUUAUAUUUAAAUGAUUGAUAAAAUAAACAUUUAUUUUCAGUGAAAA